GGAGAAUUUUUUUUGUGAAUGGAGCUCCACAUCCCUUUUUUUUUUUUUUGGCGCCCGCUCGCUCCUUCGCGCGCGCGCCACCGACCUGGCCGCUCAAUCUCAGCCGAGCUAAAAUUAGCUUCUUCUUUUAUUUCUUUAUUUAUUUAUUCUGGUCGUCUGUUUGCGGAGAAUUAACGGACACGUAAGAAAAACAAAACAACAACAACAAAAAAAAAAACUGCAUGUCUGGGCACGCGUUCAGGUGAACACGACCACCGAUAUCUAUCGCCACCGCUACCGCCGCGCGCCGUGCCCCAGGACGUCAUGCACCAUUUUUAGAGCUGCUCUAAAAAUAGAUUUUUGUUGAUGAUGGUUUUGACUGAGAGGAAAUUGAACCUCGUCUUCGUCCGUUUCGCUAUGAUUCUCUCCCUGGCCGCGGCAGCAGCCAUGAGUAGCGGCAGCGGCAGCAGCCUAAACUCCUCCUCUCCCCUCGACCCCUUCGACUCCUCCACCUCCUGGAUCCUAGCCGAGGACCCUUCCAACUCUUCUUCCGAGCCCAUCCUUAGAACUAUGACCCCUGACCUCCAGCCGGCGUCUACUACCGUGGCUGUCCAGGAAGUCAGCCCGUGGGAUAUCGCGCUUUGCGUGACCGGGACGCUCAUCUCCUGCGAGAACGCUCUGGUAAUCGCCGUGUUGUUCUACACGCCGACGCUCCGCGCUCCAAUGUUCAUCCUGAUUGGAUCGUUGGCGGUGGCAGAUCUCCUGGCCGGCCUCGGCCUCAUCUUGAACUUUGUCUUCACCUACUUGGUCGACAGCUCGGUGGAGUUUGUGACGCUGCUGUCCGUCGGACUGCUCAUCUCGGCCUUCUCGGCGUCCGUCCUCAACAUCCUCGCCAUCACGGUGGACCGUUACCUGUCGCUGUACAACGCCCUGACCUACCACACCGAACGGACAGUCACCUUCACCUACGUGAUGGUGGUCUUCAUCUGGGUGUCGUGCCUCACGCUCGGCUUGCUGCCGGCGCUCGGCUGGAACUGUCUUAGGGACGAGUCUACGUGCAGCAUCUGCCGGCCCGUCACCAAAAACAACGCCGUGGCGCUCGCCGUCACCUUCUUGCUCGUCUUCGCCCUGAUGAUGCAGCUCUACCUGCAAAUCUGCAAGAUCGCCUUCCGCCACGCGCAGCAAAUCGCCGUGCAGCACCAGUUCGUGGCCAUCUCCACCACCAAAGGCGUCUCCACACUGUCGGCCAUCCUGUGUGCCUUCGGGGCGUGCUGGCUUCCAUUUGCCAUGUACUCCAUUGUGGCUGACUCCAGCUACCCCGUGAUAUACACCUAUGCCACGGUCCUCCCAGCCACCUGCUGCUCUGUGAUCAACCCCAUCAUCUAUGCGUUCCGAAACCCGGACAUCCAGAAGUCGCUGUGGAUGGCCUGCUGCGGUUGCGUCCCGUCCAACCUCUCCCUCAGACCCAGGACCUCCAGUGACGUGUAGCAGGGGAGGUUGGUUUCUAUCUGGCAUGGCGCUUGACGCCGAGUUGUCGGACGGGCGGAAAGGACGAAACGUUGAAGGUUUGUGGCCGGAGGAACGGAGGCUUCCUCUACUCUUCAUAUCAGGGCUGGUGGGCUGACGGCGAACGCACGGCUGGCCACAGCAGAAAAAGAUAGAGCUAACAAAGACGACGGCGGUGAAGGUGACGAUGGGAAGGUGGCGUGAAACCAACUGCAAAAUCCUGUUUAAGGUAUCCUCAUGGUGGUUGUGGGGAGUUUCCAACUGACCUCCUUUUUUUUUUUAGGGGUGUACGAGGAGUGAGGCCUACUUCUCGAAGAGUAGCAUAGGCGGGAUUUAGGAAGUAAACGUCCUAAAUCUCUGUAGGACCUGAGCUUGUGGGGAAUGGGGGGCGCUGCAUGGUUAUGCAAUCAGAAAAGAAGUCUUAAAAUCCUGUUUGAUGUGUCUGAAACGAGUGUGGAGAGCUAAAUAUACCCAACGAAUGACCUUGAGUAUUCUCAAUGAGCUAGAAAACAUUUCCUCCCUUGAAACAUAUUUUGAUCUGAUGCAGAUGAAAUCAUUAAUGAGUUUGCAGACAACAAUAAUUAACUCUUGUGCGCGGAGAUUGAUCAUUAACGAGCAACGAUCUUGCAAUUUGCCAAACAUGCGUUUCCGGCGUCCUGAUCGUGCACUCAAGACACUCACAAACCCUGCAUGGUGUGUAGCACAGGGAUUUCCACAUUUAGUGCCCUGGCGUGUGUUAUCCCUUUUUUUUUUUGCCGUGAUGAAAUCAAAUCUGCUCCCUGUCGGAGGGAGAAAAAAAAAACGGGUUUCUCGAGCCGUGACUGUGAAGCAAAGAGGAAAGAGAGAGAGCUGAAUACAGCACACCAAGGGCAGCGUCACUGCAGAGCGAUGCUACCCUGGGAAUGCUCGCUGCUUCUGCUGCUGCUGCCGGGGGGGAAGAGGGCGCUCGUAAAGUAGGCUACACUGUUCUUCUUGAUGUGGAAAGGACAGCUCGAUUGGAGUUUCUUUGCAACCCAUUCGGCACUUGUGACUUUCACACUUGAAACAUUCAUGGGUAGCUUGUUGAUUUCAAAGAGAAAAACCUCCCGUCUUGUCAAACAAUAAGUCUUUGUGGGGAACUGCUGCAGCUAUCAUACGUGAAAUUUAACCGCGAGGCUUCAAUUUUUGCACGUUCACGCCUCUAAAUCUGUCAACACGAAGAACUCCAAUCGUACUCCUUGAGGUCCCGUAAGCGCGUCUAUGACCCGCCCCUUGUCGCCGCCGCCAUUCUCUCGCCUCUCUUGUAUCUCAGCGGCAGGAAUUAUGCAUGAGAAAAGAAAAGACGGGCCCUCAUGAGGUGAAACAAGCUUUCUGACACGGGCAAGGUGAAAGCAGCUGACGUUUUUUUUUUCCAGGAGGCUCAAAGGGGGGCAGCAAGCUCGAUGUUUAUCUGCAUCCGCAUAACGGAGGUUUUAAGGCUCUAAAUUUAGAGACAGCGUUUUAACUCCGUUGCCCCCGCCCAACCUCGAUUGAUUAUCCAUUAGCUAGAGCUGAGCACAAUCCAUAUUGAAUAGGGCAUUUUUCAUCGGGACGGCUCAGGUUGGCUACAGGACAUGUCCUGCAAAAGACAAAAAGAGUGUUUUAACAUCACGGAUAAAAAAAAAAAUCUUCAUCAUAUGCUCUAAUUUUCCCCUGGCUUGUUCUUUACACCAAAGCCUGUCAGCAUUAGCUGCACACACACAAACACACAGUCGAGCCGGAAGAAGCCGAUGCUCUGCACCCCCCCCGAGGGCUCCUUUCCGACGGCUCGGCAGGUUAAUGAGAAGAAAGAGAGAGGCGAGGUGACGCGGCGUGAAAUAGAAAUGCCAGGCGAGACGCGAUUUAACGUAACCUCGGGUCACGUACAACACACACACACACACACACACAAGGAUCCUCUGAAAAGGGCAUCAUGUAAGUUAAAUCCAGCUAAUGUUAAUAACGUCUCCGUAAUAAUAGGCGGCGGGAAUUGGCUUAAUAAUAUACAGUACAAGAGGAUGUAGUGAACACUGAGGAUUUACUGCUAACCUCUGUCUGCAUUUAAAUGAUGUACGCAGAUAGUUUUCACUCUCGUGUUCCUCUGCACAGAGAGGUACCAUGACUAAGCUAUUGGCAUGCUGCUAAUAUACUCGUGUGGGAGGUGUACCGGCUUCGGGAAAACUGUAAAAAAAAAACACAUAAACACUCUAUAGUUGUUUCUGUCACGACAGGGAGCCACUUCCAAAAUUCAAACGCUUUCUACCAAAUAAACCAUGAAACAAAUAGACGACACGUGUACACACACACACAUGGAAACUUUGAACAAUGGCGCUCAGGAGACGCAGGGUCUUUUUUUAAAGAGUGUAAAUUUAAUUUUUUCUAUUUUUUUGUUUCUUCGUGGCAGCAGCAAACAAUCAGUUGUUAGCAGAACAACAGCUCCUCUGUCAGUGAUUUUAUUUGUUGUUGUUUUUGUUUUUUUUGGCCUUAUU